CUCUCUCCACCACUACCUCUCCUCUCUCUCCCCCUCUGCGGCUCUAUCAGCUCGCGCUGCAGUGAAUCUCUCCCCCGCUGUCAGAAACCGUAAAGUCAGACAGCCGGUGGUCGGUAUCUCACUGUUAAAAGUCACAAAUCUCGUCUUUUAUCUGAUUGCGUCGAUCCGUUAACGGAGCUUUUAAAUUACUCUCCAAGAAGCUUCAGACCCCCCUUGCGGCAAAAUGGGAAAUGAAGCCAGUUAUGCCCUGGACAUGUGCUCGCACUUUGAUGCCGAUGAGAUUAAGAGGCUAGGAAAGAGAUUUAAGAAACUCGACCUAGAUAACUCCGGCUCCCUGAGUGUGGAGGAGUUCAUGUCCUUACCAGAGCUCCAGCAGAACCCCCUCGUGCAGCGAGUCAUCGACAUAUUCGACACCGAUGGAAACGGAGAAGUCGACUUUAAAGAGUUCAUCGAAGGAGUCUCCCAGUUCAGCGUCAAAGGUGACAAGGAGCAGAAGUUGCGUUUUGCCUUCAGGAUCUACGACAUGGACAAAGACGGCUACAUAUCCAACGGGGAGCUCUUCCAGGUCCUCAAGAUGAUGGUGGGAAACAACCUGAAGGACACCCAGCUGCAGCAGAUCGUCGACAAAACCAUCAUCAACGCAGACAAAGACGGCGAUGGCCGGAUAUCUUUCGAGGAGUUCUGUGCGGUCGUUGGUGGAUUAGACAUUCACAAAAAGAUGGUGGUGGACGUCUGACAACUUUGUUAUUUUUCUUCCUCCAUUUACUGAAGAUCUGCUUGAAGACGUCGUCCAACAAUACGCUCAAUGAAAGUAUUUUCUUUGAGAAAAAUCCUCCCCUCCCUCCCUUACCCCCGUCCCCCCUCCCUCCCCCCCCUCCCCCGAGCCUUCUGAAGCCAAACUCUCACCAAGUAUUAUCGAACAGGAACUCUCUCUGACUCGCCGCACUUCAAAGAAAAGCUGACGGACGGCUUUUUAACGCAGAGCGGCGGUUUCAGUUUGGUGGAGGAAAGCUGGAGUGUGUGUGUGCGUGUGUGUGUGUGUGUCUUUGAGUGUGUAUGUGUUCUGUAUGUUUUACUGGUUUUUUCAAGGUAUGUGGGUUUUUUAUAUUUAUUUUGGUGUCAUUGUUUUUUUUUCUUUCUUGGAGAAUCAAAGGAAGUCUAUCUUAAAGAGAGUUAACUUUAGUGGAUGAGUGUAUUUAGCGGUGACGUUACUUGAUUUCAGAACAACACAAACACAGCAUGAAGUGCCAACAACAAUUUAUGACAUGCAGUUGAAUUACAGGUAUAUAUACAUAUAUAUAUAUAUAUAUAUAUAAAAAAAAAAAAAUCUGUGUCUUUUAUUUGAGAGAUGUAAUUGUAUUAUUGAAUGCAUUUAUCUUACUGGAGUAUUGCAUCAUUUACACUUAAAAAACAGCUUCAUUUUACAGUCGUUUUGUCAGGAGGACAGAGGGAGAUUGGGCACUACAUGUUUUCAGACUUUGGCUAACAUGAGCGUCCAUUUUUGUUUUGCUUUUUUUAGGCACUUUUUGUGUAAUUAAGCACCGAGUUGUAAUAACAUGUUGAAUAUUAAGUACAAGUUGGAAACCUGUAAUUACGACAUGCAUGAAUACUGUCAGGGACGAGUCUGCAUUUUUUUAACAGCGCCUACCGUUGAUGUUGAAAGUAAUAUUACUUCACACACACACACACAUCUGCAGAUUCAACACUCUCAGCUUAGUGGAAUAAAAUCAGUUGUCGCAGCUUGAAUUCAGCCAAUAGGAACUCCUCAACGGUUUUACAUUUUCUGCACAUUUGAAGAAAAUGAGUAGAAAUUCAAACAUCUCUUGCUUUAUGAAAAUUAGGAACUGUAAAGCCGAUGAUCGUUGAGCAACAAGCAGGGCUACUGCCGGUUGGGAAAACUGUACAAAAAAAAUCCAUUCUCUUUGUUUUUACUGUAAGAUUUAGUGAAAAGCAAGCUCCGAGACGAGGCUGUAAAUGAUUUUGAGAGACACAGAAAUGUUCUGCGGUAGUGAGCUGAAUCUGUGCUUUUGCAGCUCGUCUGCUUUCGGACAUUCACGUCUUUAUCCUCCGACUUUCUCUUGGGGGGGGAGAAGCAAAGCUGAGGAGGGAAACAACAAAAAUGGCCGUUAAAGCGCUAGAAAAACCUGCUGUACUCAGUAUUCAGUACACUGCUGAUUUACCGACGCUCUGCAAGACUUUUCUACCUGAAACGAGAGACUUGUGAUGUGUUUGCAUGACGUGUGAUCUCCUCUUCUUUAUUCUUCUUCUGCCCGUUGCUCUUUGCAUGUAGAUCAGAUUUUAUUAAAAGCUCUUUAAAAGCUUUAUUAAAGGUCUUUUUUCAAAGCUGGUCUCAACAUUUAAUGAAAUGAGUGAAAUGUCUUGCGAAUGCAAAUAAUCUACUCUGUGCAUGCUAGUAUGUGUAUUACUGGUUUGACCACUUGCAUAUUUGAAUUUUUAUACAGUUAUACAAUAAGAAACUACAGUUUUUGGUGCAUGUUCAACUAGAUAGAGAUCAUGAUAAAUAGCUACUUAAAAAAACUGUUUAUUUAGCUGUAAUAGUUUCAUAUUUUAAGCGUGUGGACAUGGUGUCAGGGUUGUGUUAUUAUCAGAUAGUGUAUUUCAUGGUGAGGAUAAGUAAUCUUUAACAUUUGUAUUGUAGUUUAUUCAUUUUGCAUUUCAGAGUUUUGGCUCAUUUCAUGAAAUUCAGUGAGACCGUGUUGUGUUUACAUAUAAAUAAUGGUGAUGAAUAAAAACAUGAACAUUUCAAGCACGUUGAUGUUGCCAAUAAAGGUUUAAACAUGGAAAAAAAACUGUAAUCUUAAAUGUUUUUUAGUCGCCUGCCACUCGAUCUGUUUUAGGGAUGUUUUUGUUUCUUCACUUUUGAUUUUCUUAUUAACGGUUGGUUUCCUGCUUGUUUGAUUUGAGUCGGUGCUGAAAUGUCUGCUGGGGUUUAAAGGGAUGUUUGUGAUGGAGGCCACAUGGAUUCAGUCUUAGAGUUUCACUCCUGUUUUUAUCUUUGCUGCAUCACUGAAACUUCAUACAUGGAAAAAUGAGAAAUAAACUGUUUGAAAGUUGUUACA